AUCAGACUUCCAAAUGCGGGAGCGCAGUCGUUACACCUUUGCGACCGUUGGUUGACUCGACAGAAGUUGAUUUUCUUUCAUUGAGGACACAGCCAUUUCCGAUAUCCUUAAUUAGAAUCGGUGUGCGGUUCGCAAACAGGUUUAUCAUUUGUUUCAUUUUUCAUUUUUUUUUAUUUUAUUUUCUGCAACCGGCGCAAUAUACCAUUGUCUUUGCAUCGCGACAAAGCUUACCUACCUUAGUUUAAUACUGUCGUCCGAUCGCGUUCACUAGGGAGGCCUAUCGGUAAUGCCAGCACUCUGCAUGGAGAGAACAUUGGAUCAGACAAAGCGCUCGAAAUACAUAAAAUCUGUCGUCAGGCGCAUGAAACCAUCAUCUGUCGCUCCAAUGGGAAACAACUGCACGUCGGUAGACAAGGAAAAAAGUGAAGGAGACGCCAGAGACACAACACCCCCACAAUCACCAUCCGCGACAACCUCAGCUAAAUCGUCACUGCCAUUAAGGAAGUCACGGUCGGGCAUUAUCACGCGCGCGCAAUCUAAGCUCGUGAAGAAGACCCCCGCACAUCAGGAGGACCAUCCCCUGCCUGGAGCUUUCUCGCCACCAAAGUUGAAGCGCAAAAUCGACACCGCCAUGGAUUCGUCAUCGUCAGUGGAACAGGGCGCAAACUGGAGUACGCUCUCUGCGUUGGACGAGGCCGUGCAACAACGACGGCGGAAGACACCAGUGACCUCUCACGGUCAACCCUCCAAGCAGCAUCUGCGCUGGACCCCCAUUCCACUGUCCUUCAAGUCGGAUGAGCCCGGAUUGUCAGAGUAUGAAAAUGCGCGCGCAGAGCUGAAGUCUCGGGAGCAUACCUUGGCAUUUGACCACGACUGCUUCGCGGAUGCGACUGGGCCUGAGCGAGAGGCCAACAAGGUUUUGCAGCGCUUGAGGGGAAAAGACGCAAAGCUGUUUGCCAACGCCCCCAAGACCUCAGGUUUCAGUGGGCAAACGCAUGAUCGGCAUAUGGGGGAUCACUUCCUCUAUAACGUUGACCUGAUAAAUCAGUCGGCCCUUUUCAAGGUAGCUCGGCGCAUGCCCAAGGGUACUCAUCUUCACAUCCAUUUCAACUCAUGUCUUGACCCAAGAUUCUUGCUAGAUCUAGCCAAGGAUCAAGAACGCAUGUUUAUCCAUAGCAACAGGCCACUGCUGCAGAAGAGCGACCUUGACCUAUGCGAAAUACAAUUCAGCAUUGUUCCCGUCGAGAAGGAGGAGCCCGGUUGGAACGUGUUCGAGCCAGGCUAUGUGGGAGGUAAAUGGAUGCCAUAUGCUACGUUUCGCGCCCAGUUCUCGGGCACCGGUUUGGUAGAGAGCUCCGUCGACGAAUGGUUGCUCAACAAGCUCGUGUUUGGAGUGGACGAGACCUAUGGAAUACACCAAACAGUCACAGGAGCUUGGGAAAAGUUCAAUGGCCGUACUCGUAUGAUGAAGGGCCUUUUCAACUACGAAACUGCGUUCAAGAGCUACACCCGCGCGUGUCUGCAGGAUUUCGUGGAUGACAAUAUCCAGUACGCAGAGAUCAGGCCAAAUUUCAUGCAUACGAACCAAGUUUUUUACGACGACGGCUCGGCCAAGCACAACAAUGAAUCGAUAAUGGAGAUGAUCGAGCAGGUUUGUGAAGAGUUUAUGCCGCCGGCGCAUCAGAAUGGCCGAAAGGUAUACUUUAAAGGCAUUAAGGUCAUAUACUGCACGCCAAGGAUAUUCAAGAGAGAACAAGUGGCGAAUGCCCUGGACGAAUGCAUCAAGUUCAAAAAACGGUGGCGCAAUCUGAUAGCUGGUUUUGAUCUUGUGGGCGAGGAGGCUGCCGGGUAUCCCCUCAAGUUUUUUGUCCCGGAAUUUCUCAAAUUCAGGGAGCAAUGUGACAAAGAGAACCUCGAUAUUCCUUUUCUUUUCCACUGCGGAGAGACUCUUGAGAUGGGUGACGACACACCCGACGGCAACCUGACCGAUGCGCUGCUUCUCAACUCGAAGCGUAUCGGCCACGGUUUCGCCUUGGCACGCCACCCGUACAUCAUGGAACAAAUGAAGAAGCGUAACAUUUGCCUCGAGCUCUGUCCCAUCUCGAACGAAGUUCUGGGCUUGACCCCGAGGGUCAAAGGGCACGCCAUGUACAACCUGCUGGCGAACAAUGUACACUGCACCUUGAACAGCGACAACGGCACCCUGUUCAAAUCCUCGCUGAGCCAUGACUUUUACCAGAUGUUUGUGGGGAGGAGCGACACUACGAUUCACGGCUGGAAGCAGCUCAUCAAAUGGAGCAUCGAACAUGCCUGCCUCACUGACGAUGAGCGCAGUGAGGUCAACGAGCACUGGGAGCAGCUGUGGGCCGAGUUCGUGCACUGGUUGAUCGAGGAGUACAAGGAUCUUGAGGCGGAUGAUAACGAGAUCUAGUAGACGAAAGACAUUUCAAACAUUAUGAUUAUUGUCAUUUUGGGGGGGGGNGGGGGGUUCAUUUUUUUUUGGGUUUUUUUUAUUAUUUGCAUUGCAGCUGGAGUUUUAGCAUCGAUAUGGCCUGGAUAGUUUACAGAGGCGUUAGACUAGAGGGUGGGUGGUAAACCAGGGAACUCAUUGUAAGGAGUUGGGAGUUACAGGGGUUACUGAACGGAUGAUUCUUUUUCCUCACUCUGGUGAUUCUUCAAAGCACAUAAAGUCAAACGAAAUGAGGGGCCAAGCUAACUUGACGACCAGCUUUAUUGCUCCUUUGGGAUUGUUACACAUUUGUUUUUAUACUUUGACAGUGGUGGCGUGGGUCAAGAGG